UGUGUAAGAGAUCAACACCAAGCAUCAAUGUGCUUCAUAAACCUUUUUUCUGUUGAUGUGCAAACACGUGUCAGAAUGAUUGUCUAUCAUCUGUGUGCUUUAUUCCUCCUGUCUGGUGUGUUUGGUGUUGAUGCAGAUGAAGUGAAGUCAGUGUCAGUGAUGGAGGGACAUUCUGUCACUCUACACACUGAUCUUACACACAUUCAGUAUGAUCGCAUACUGUGGAUGUUUGAAUUUCACGACACCGUUAUAGCUGAAAUCCAUGCACAGAAUGUUAAUAUGUAUGACAGUAAUGAAAUAUUUGGAGGCAGACUGAAGCUGGACAGUCAGACUGGAUCUCUCACCAUCACAGACAUCAGAAUCACAGACUCUGGUGUUUAUACACUAGAGACCAUCCGUGACAGAAGAUCUUCAUACAAGAGAUUCAAGGUUACUGUCUAUUUCACUCAGCAAUCAACUGAAGUUCAAAUCAUUCUGCUGCCAGUUGUGUUAAUUGUGUGUCUCCUGAUGGGAUGUAUGUGCUGCUGCUGCUGUGUGUGCUGUUUGUGCUGUAGAAAACGAACAGGACCUGAGAGCUAUAACAUCUUGAUAAUCUCUCACUUAACUUCCUCUCUGUGUUUCUGCACUACAGACACUGAUGCAGCAGGAAACAAAGGAGAAAUGUGGACUUGUGUGUUUCUAGUUUGUGUGACGGGUGUGUUUGGUGUUGAUGCAGAUGAAGUGAAGUCAGUGUCAGUGAUGGAGGGAGACUCUGUCACUCUACACACUGAUUUUACUCACAUACAGGAGAAUGAUCGGAUAUUGUGGAUAUUUGGACCUGAAGACACUCCUAUAGCUGAAAUUCAUAAGAAAAGCAUUGAUAUGUAUGACAGUAAAGAGAUAUUUGGAGACAGACUGAAGUUGGACAGUCAGACUGGAUCUCUCAACAUCACAAACAUCAGAAUCACAGACUCUAGUGUUUUUACUCUUGAGAUCAUCAGUGACAGAGGAACUUCAUACAAGAGAUUCAAUGUUACUGUCUAUGGGUUCCCACCAUUCUUAUCUGCUUUAAGAACUCGGCAAUCAACUGAAGUUCAUACAAUUCUGGUGCUAGUUGUGGUAAUUGUGUUUCUUCUGAUGGGAUGGAUGUGCUGCUGCUGCUAUGAAACAUUGAGAGAUGAGAAGAACAUGUCAGAAUACACAGAGGUCAUCUACAGCCUUCACGUGAUGGAGGGAGAUUCUGUCACUUUACACACUAAUGUAACUCACAUACAGACACAAGAUCAGAUUCUCUGGAUGCUGGAAUCAGAAGAGACACAUUAA